UCUGGGGCCCAUCAUGUUUCCUGAUGCCGUGGAAGUGGCUGGUCGGGUGGAGGGCCUGCCGCUGUCCUCGCCGCAACUGCUGCCAGAGCCAGAGGAAGAGGAAGCAUCUGUGGAGAGGGGCCCAAAGAGAAUCGGGCGCUACCGCCAAAGUCUUCAUCUUCUAAAGCCCUUCAGGAUCACACACAGGCAUCAACACCCAGUUGAUAACGCCGGCCUCUUCUCCUUUACGACUCUUCACUGGCUCUCGCCUUUGGCAGUCAAAGCCUAUAAGGCAUCCAGCUUGUCUACCGAUGAUGUGUGGGGGCUGUCCUGCCACGAAGCCUCUGAAAUCAACUGCCAAAGGCUGGAAUCUUUGUGGCGAGAUGAGCUGAAAAGACGAGGGCGAGACGGGGCGUCCCUGACAAGAGUCUUCUGGAGGUUUUGCCAAACCCGUACACUGGUGGCCAUCUUUUUCCUGCUGCUCACGAUGGUCGCUGACUUUGUGGUGCCUGCUCUCCUGAUUCGAGCUCUGCUAGAGUAUUCCCAGAACUCAGAGAGCGCCAUUCCAUACGGUCUGUCUCUGGUGGCUGGAAUCUUUCUCACGAAACUGAUUCGAUCCUGGUCUCUGGCCCUCAUGUGGGCCGUCAGCUACCGUACUGCAACACGCCUCCGUGGAGCAUCGCUCACGUUUGCCUUCAACAAGAUCCUCCACCUGCGUAGCACUAAAGAUAUCAGUCCAGGCGAGUUGGUCAAUAUCUGCUCUGCUGAUGGCCAACGGCUGUAUGAAGCAGUGUCGAUGGGCUGCCUGCUGGCUGGAGGACCCCUGUUGGGUAUACUGGGUCUCUGCUACACCAUGUACUUCCUGGGUCCCACUGCACUACUGGGUUCCAUUAUUUUUGUCAUCUUCUACCCUGCAAUGAUGCUUGCAUCGAGAUUGACAGCGUAUUUCCGCAAGAAGUGUGUCGCGGUGACUGACCGGCGUGUGAGGUUGAUGAAUGAGAUCUUGGGAUGCAUAAAGUUCAUCAAGAUGUACUGCUGGGAAGACGCCUUUGCUCAGAAUGUUCAUAAGGUUCGAUCUGAAGAGAGGGGCAUAUUGGAACGAGCCGGGGUUGUCCAGAGCCUCACAGUGGGCGUGGCUCCAAUCAUUGUGGUCAUGGCUAGUGUGUGCACUUUCACUCUACACAUGGCUUUGGGAUAUGAUCUUACAGCAGCUGAGGCUUUCACUGUGGUUGCUGUUUUCAACUCCAUGACUUUUGCCCUGAAAGUCACACCGAUGGCUGUAAGGUCGCUAUCUGAAGGUUCUGUGGCAGUCAAAAGAUUUCAGAGGCUUUUCAUGAUGGACGACAGAGAGAAUGUUUUGGUCAAAAUGGAGAAUCCUGUCAAUGCAGUGGAAUUUCAGAGCGCCACACUAGUGUGGGAAAAGGCACGCUCUUCACAAGUAGUUUCUAACCCGCCACCCAAGACGCAUUUCAAGAAACGAGGGAUAGCAAACGUGCUGCGCAGGGAGAAGCUUAGCCUGUACAUUAUCGAGGAGGAGAGUAAACAGGACAGUCCAACUGGACAAAACCUCCUCACCAAUAUGGAGCAGGAGAGUCCCCAAAGCACAGUCUCCUCAACGCAAAGCAUGCGUCCACCACUGCACAAAACUCUCCACCGCAUUGACCUGUCUAUUAAGAAGGGGACGCUGGUGGGAAUCUGUGGAGGUGUUGGAAGCGGAAAGACAUCUCUUCUGUCUGCUCUGCUUGGACAGAUGACUCUGCUAGAAGGAAAUGUAGCUGUCAGUGGUGGUUUUGCUUAUGUGUCUCAACAAGCCUGGAUCCUCAAUGAUUCACUACAAGAGAACAUUCUGUUUGGGAAUAAGUACGACAGAGACAAAUAUAACUCUGUCCUUGAAGCAUGCUGUCUUGCUCCAGAUCUUGCAGAGUUACCUUUUGGAGACAUGACUGAGAUCGGGGAGCGAGGUGCAAAUCUGAGCGGAGGACAGCGUCAGAGAGUCGGCCUGGCUCGCGCCCUGUACAGCGACCGGCCCAUAAUUCUCCUGGAUGACCCUCUCAGUGCUGUUGAUGCCUGUGUGGGGUCCCUUGUCUUCCAAAAAGCGAUCCUGGGACUCGCUAAAAAUAAGACCGUGCUCUUUGUAACCCACCAGCUGCAGUAUCUGUCAGACUGUGAUGAUGUAAUUGUAAUGAAGGAUGGGCAGAUUGCUGAACGCGGCACCCAUGCACAGUUAAUGAGUAAAGAAUGUGACUAUGCCACCCUUUUCAACAGCAUACAGCAGGAGAGUGCGGUGAAAGAAAAAUUGAAAAAUAAACAGCAGAGGUUGGGAGCAGAAGAGGCCGACAGAGCGGCCGACGCUGCCAAGGUCGGGCCAAAAGCCGAGAACAAGAAAGAACAACUGAUGAAAGCUGAAGAGAGAGGUUCCGGUGCAGUAGCCUGGUCUGUGUACGCCGCCUACAUCAAAGCAGCGGGAGGUCCUGUUGUGUUCUUCUUCAUCAUCACCAUCUUCCUGUCCACCACAGGCAGCACAGCCUUCAGUAACUGGUGGCUGAGCCACUGGAUCAGGCAGGGUAGCGGGAACGCAUCGUUAAUCUUGGCGAACGACACGAUGGCAGGAAACAGCAUGAGGCUUAACCCUCACAUUAAGUAUUAUUCAGCUGUUUACGCCUUAUCCAUGGCCGCUGCUUUGUUCCUGAAGACAAUGAGAGGGAUGGCGUUUGUAAAGUGCACGGUGAAGGCUGCCUCCACGCUCCAUGACAUGCUCUUCCACCGGCUCCUCCUCAGCCCCAUGCACUUUUUUGAUACAACACCUCUGGGCCGAAUCCUAACCCGCUUCUCCAAAGACAUGGAUGAAGUGGACGUACGUCUGACCAUGCAUGCUGAAAUGCUGCUGCAGAAUCUGACACUGGUGCUGUUUUGUUUGGGGAUGGUAGCUAUUGUCUUCCCCUGGUUCCUGAUCUCCAUCCUGCCCCUGGGAGCCUUCCUUUGCAUUGUAAACAGAGUUGCCAGGGUUCUGAUUUGUGAGCUGAAGCGGCUAGAGAACAUUAGCCAGUCACCAUUCACCUCUCACAUCACCAGCAGCCUUCAGGGACUCUCAACAAUCCAUGCAUAUGGACGAGGGCAGGACUUCCUCCAUCGGUAUCAGGAGUUACUAGACUCGACCCAGGCCUCCAACUACCUCUUCAGCUGUGCCAUGCGUUGGCUUGCUGUCCGACUGGACCUCAUCAGCAUCUUUCUCAUCACCGCUGUAGCAUUUCUCAUUGUGUUCAUGCACAACCAGAUACCUCCAGCCUACGCAGGCCUGGCCAUAUCGUAUGCAGUACAGCUGGCUGGCUUGUUUCAGUUUACAGUGAGGCUGCUAAUAGAGAUGGAAGCUCGGUUUACCUCCGUCGAGAGAAUCAAUCAUAUAUAAAGGUAAGCGCAAAAACAAACACAGAGUGAAGCACCCCGACAGAGUGUUGAGGCAGCCACUUCUGCCCCCUCCUGGCCUCAACAGGGACAAAUCACCUUCCAGGAUGUGGAGAUGCGUUAUCAUGAUGAUCUGCCACUGGUGCUCAAGAAGCUCUCCUUCACCAUCCUGCCCGGAGAGACUGUUGGUAUUGUGGGCCGCACAGGAUCAGGAAAGUCCACUCUGGGUGUGGUUCUGUUCAGGCUUGUGGAGCUGGCAGAAGGCUCCAUUAUUAUUGACGACAUCAAUAUUGCCCAGAUUGGGCUGGAUGAUCUGCGGCGCAAGAUAGCAGUCAUUCCUCAAGAGCCUGUACUCUUCAUCGGUACCAUCAGAUCCAAUUUAGACCCGUGGGAUCAAUACUCUGAUGCCCAGAUAUGGGAAGCUCUCGAGAAGACUCACAUUAAGGAAAUGGUCAGCCAGCUGCCUCAUUCCCUGUUCUCAGAGGUGACUGAGAACGGGGAGAACUUCUCGGUAGGAGAGCGACAGCUUCUCUGUGUGGCCAGAGCGCUGCUGCGCAACAGCAAGGUUCUUCUUUUGGAUGAGGCAACUGCAGCCAUGGACACUGAAACGGACCGCCUGAUCCAGGAGACGAUUCGCAGUGUUUUUAGCAGGUGUACGACCCUCGUCAUUGCCCAUCGUCUGAACACGGUGAUGAGCUGCAGCAGGGUCAUGGUGCUGGACAAUGGCCAGAUUUUGGAGUUUGACCAUCCUGCUGCCUUACUGGCAGAUGAAAAUUCAGUAUUCACAUCCAUGUUAAAAGCGGCGUCAGAAACCCAAAAGGCCUGAGUCAGACAGGAUCUGAACUCAUGAUGUGAACUGUGACAUCACAACCUAUUGGAAUAUCUGAAUUUCUCAAAUAUAAUAAGCCAACUCUUUAGUGGCUUUGAAGAAAUCUUUGAAACAUAUUACUGUUGCAAGGGCUUUUAUAAGAAGCUAAUGUUUUAGUUAUCAAAACCCAAAGAGACACAGAGACCAUGUUUGUAACGAAUGCCUAAAUGACAUUAUGCAUACAAUAACCCAAUAGACGUUUGGCCUCAGUGUGAGUAGACAGUUGUUUUACAGUCUAAAUAAUCCACCAAACAUUUGCUCUCACAAUGACACUUUGUUUCCUGCAGAUACGUGGACAUACAUGUGAGGCUUUCCGUUCUCUCUCGGGCUAGAGCUAAUCAGCAAGACACAGAAAUAGACUUUCUAGAGUCUUAACAAUGGCAAUGAAUCGUGUAAAAGUUUAAAGAAUGGAACGGUAGCUUCAAAAUAUUCUUACACAUACGCAACAUAUAUGAAUUGUCACAUUAUUGAUGUGAAGAAAUGUGAGUAUUGUACUGUAUUAGUCAUAAAUUUGUUACAAUGUAGUUUAAAAAAUAACACUUUACAGUAGUCCAUUGAGGCACUGUUGAUGGAACAGAGAAGUGAUUUUUAGGAUUUUUACCUUAUAUGUUUAAAUGUGUCCAUUUCUGUGUCAUAGUGCACUAAUUUCAGUGAAUUGUUGCAGAUGUGACAUGUGCCUGAAUUAUCAACAUCAUCAACAUGUACAUGGUUUUCCUUUUUCGUGGAAGUAUGACAGGAAUGAGAAUGUUCCCCUAAAUCCAAAUGCUGGACAAAUAGUCACCUUUUUUUUUUUGCUAUGGUAUUUUAG